AUGAUUAUGCUAAGAAAAAACAAUCAUAAAGUUGGUGAAGUGCUCAUGUCACAAUUACAAAUUCAACAAGUUUUGAAAGAUGCAGAGUUAUAUGAGGACGAAGAAGAAGUAAGCUCGGAUGAAAUUAUGUUUAAUGAUCAGUCUAAUGAUGAUUUAGAAGUAAUUGCUGAAGAAUCUUUGGAAAUUGAGAAACAUUGGAUUUAUCAAGAUUUUUGCAAAAUGCUAUAA